AUGUAUCUUUUAGUUUUAUUUUUUCCUUUAAUUGGAGCUGUUUUAACAGGUUGUUUUGGAAGAAAAAUUGGAGAAAGAGGAGCGGGGAUUUUAACUUCAAGUUGUUUAGUUUUUAGUUUGUCUUAUUCUUUUUUAAUCGCGAUUGAAGUUUUAUUUAAUUCAACAACAACGUAUUUGAAAUUAUGAAAAUGAUUUGAUUCGGGAUUGUUUGUUGUUUUUUUUGGUUUUCAAUUUGAUGGUUUAGUAGUUAUUAUGUUAUUUGUUGUUUUUAUUGUUUCUACUUUGGUUCAUAUUUUUUCUAUUGCUUAUAUGCGGGGGGAUCCUCAUGUUCCUCGAUUUAUGACAUAUCUUUCUUUGUUUACUUUUUUAAUGGUUUUAUUGGUAACUAGUGAUAAUUUUCUUCAAUUAUUUAUUGGGUGAGAAGGGGUUGGCCUUUGUUCUUAUUUAUUAAUUAAUUUUUGAUUAACUCGAUUAGAGGCAAAUAGAGCUGCUAUUAAAGCAAUGUUAGUGAAUAGAAUUGGUGAUAUUGGGUUGCUUUUAGCAAUGUUUUUACUUUGGGAUCUUUUUGGAUCUCUAGAUUUUUCUACAAUUUUUAAUUCUAUUUUUUUUUCUAAUCAAAUAUUUUUUAUUUGUUUAUUUUUAUUUUUUGGGGUUAUGGGCAAAUCUGCUCAAUUAGGAUUACAUACUUGGUUACCGGAUGCAAUGGAAGGUCCAACUCCGGUUUCUGCUUUAAUUCAUGCUGCAACGAUGGUUACUGCAGGUGUUUUUUUAUUAAUUCGUGCUUCUCCUUUAUUUGAUGUUGUUCCUCUUAUAUUAAUUAUUAUUUCAAUCGUUGGGGUUUUAACCGUGUUUAUUGCCGGCACAAUUGGUUUAGUUCAAAAUGAUUUAAAAAAAAUAAUCGCUUAUUCUACUUGUAGUCAAUUAGGUUAUAUGGUUGUUGCUUGUGGGCUUUCUCAUUAUGCAAUUAGUCUUUUUCAUCUUAUGAAUCAUGCUUUUUUUAAAGCUUUAUUAUUUUUGAGUGCAGGGUCUCUUAUUCAUGCGGUAAUUGAUGAACAAGACAUAAGAAAAAUGGGGGGUUUAUUAUCUUUUCUUCCUUUGACUUAUGUUUUUUUUUUGAUAGGCUCUUUUUCUUUAAUGGGGUUUCCUUUUUUAACAGGAUUUUAUUCAAAAGAUUUAAUUUUAGAAUUUGCUUUUGGACAAUUUUAUUUAAUUUUUGUGUAUUGAUUAGGUUGUUUUUCUGUUUUAUUAACAAUUAUAUACUCUAUUCGUUUAAUUUAUUUAGUUUUUUUAUCCAAUAUUAAUUUAAAACGAGCAAACAUUUUUUUUCUUAAAGAAGGAGAAUUUUUAUUUUUAAUUCCUUUGGGUAUAUUAACUUUAGGAAGUGUUUUUUGAGGCUAUUUAAGUAAAGAAAUAAUUUGGUCUUUUCAAAUAGAUGUUUUUUCAAUACUUUCUUUAAAAAUAAAAAUAUUUCCAAUUUUAUUUUGUUUUAUUGGACUUUUUGGAACGAUAUUUUUUUUUUUUUUUUUUUCUUCUCAAAUUUUUGGUUAUCCCCUUCAGGUGAUCGGAUCUUCUGUUUUUUCUCUUUAUAAUUUUUUUGGUUCUGCUUGACAAAUAAAUUUUUUUUUUAAUUUUUUCUUUAUAAAAAAAAUAUAUAAAAUAGGACAUCUAAUUACUAAUUUAACAAUUGAUAAAGGUUUAUUAGAGGUUGUUGGGCCUAGGGGUGUUGUUCAAUUUUUUAUUUUUCAAACUCAAAAGUUGAGUAGUUUACAAUCGGGGUUAGUAUUUAAUUAUGCUUUAGUCUUUUUUAUUGGGAUACUUUUUUUAAUUUUUGCACUUUAA